AUGUUUGCUUUACACUCGCGGCGGCUGCGCAGAAGGCUCAGCGUUCCCACGUCGGGGUCUGCGCGGAGGCGCGCCCGCGAGCGCCGGCGCGCUGAGCAGACACGCCUCGAGGGCGAGCGGCUCGCCCGGCAGCGCGUCGAGAAGCGCAUGUUCGAGAAGAUGGAGCAGCAGAGAGUCGCUCGCGAACAACUAGCGUCAUACGAGCCUUGGGGCCGCGCGGGAGGUGGCGCUCCGAACCCACGUGGCGUCCGCUACUCCAACCUGCGCGCUUCAGGGAUCUACCCUGAAGAUGAAUUGAGGGGUAUAAAUCUAUACGAAGCUUGCCGUCGAUUGCCGUCACCACACCGACGUCGACGUACGCCGCUGCGCCUGCGCGAGGACCCGCAAACACUCUACACUGACACCUUGCGCAAGAGCGUCGAUAAUGACGUGCGUUACAGGCAGACACCUGAUCAGCAGAAAUGCUACAAGGAGAUAUUGGAUGACAUGGUGACUCGGAAAAACAAAGCUAUAAAAGCUGAAAUGAAAAAAGAUCGCGAGCAUGAGCGAAAAAUACAAACAUUGGAGGGGCCAUGGGGCAAGCCUGGUCCUGGAGGCACUACGUGGAGGAACCCCCGAGACAUUGGACUAAAUUUCUCAAAGUCUAUGGGCUGGACUGACAACGAAAUUUUCGACAAAAUAAAAGGGGAACACAAAAACUACAAAAGAUCUUCGCUUACUUUGCCUAAAGUAAAGAGAGACGACGAUUCUAAUGACGACAUCACACAGGACAAAGAAAACAUCAAACCUUCCAGUGUAGAAAAGCUGCCUGAUAUCGAACAGACGAAUAGUGCUAGUAAAGAACAGAAACGGAAACUCAGUGGCGAAAAAAAGGAAGCACCAAAAGUAGAACAAUUGAAGGACAAUGGAAAAAACAAAAAACGCGCAACUAAAAAAGGCAAUUUUGUAAAAAGAUUAUCAAACGGCGAGAGAUUAAAACGUAUAGUUCCUGAUGAAGAAAUUAAAAAACCCGUGCUUACAACGGUAAACAAUGGGGACGCAGCAACAAUAGGAGAUAAGAAACUGACGCCCGAGACAACAAUCUUCCGGUUGACGGGAGGAAUUGAGUUGGUUCCGUUAUUGGCAAGAAGGAGGCGUGUGGGAGCGAGGACUCUACCAUCCAGCGAUGUCACCAGGCCUCCGGAACAAGCUUGCGAAUGGCGUGAAUCUCUUCACGUUGAAUAUUUACGGGAAUUGAAACGACAGAUACAAGUUAAAUACGAUCGAAAAGAGGAAAGUCGUCGAGUAUCAGCCGAGAGUGUAAAGCAACACCACGCGACCUGGGAAUCCCUCUGGGGUAGACCGGGACACGGCGCCCCUUUACGAGGCAAAUACGCCCGCAGCAACCUAGCACGGCUGCUAUAUGUAGCCCCAUCGGUAGCUAAUGCUUCGUAAUACUUGUGCCAGGGAACAAUACUGGUACUUUUGCUAACACGGUACUGUCCUUUAGGGGUAAGUUUGGUGCAAUACCUUUACGGCGUAAGUGCGGGGUAAACGUGAUCGUAGUUUCCGUACAUGAUUUAGCCUCAGCGUUACUCGUCUGAUAACAAAACGUGAACAAAUAACAUGUAGAGGCACAAAAUGUAAAGAAAUAUUAGAAUUUAUCAAGUUGUCU